AUGGUAAUUCCCUCUGAUGAUGCUAUCAUAAAGCGGAGGCUUUUACUAGAAGGAGAAAGCGGUUUGGAUGAUAAGCGACUUGCUCUCCUACUGAAGGAUUUUUUGAAGUGGUCUUCUGAGGACGACUCUAGCGAUAUAAGGUACCUAUCUUACUCUUCUGCACGGAUUAGUGCGGGCGCUUAUCAGUCUAUGGUGGAGAAAAUUGUUCAGUGCGAAAAUGCAAUGGAACAGGCGCUUUUGAUUCAAAUCAUGAACAUCGAGCAAUCCAACCGGAAAAUUAAUAAAAUGAAGCGUGAACUAAGUGACUUGGAGAACAUCAACAAAAAGUGUGAUGAAAAGAUAAAUCUUCGUAAGAAGCAGUUCCACUUAUUUCUUGUUGCUCUUCAUGAUUUGAAGAAGAUAGUCGAUCAAGAUGGAUUAUUGAUUGACUCCAGCGACCAUGUGACUGCAGACCUGGAAGAAACUAUGGAUGUGUCUUAG